AUGUCCACUCCGAUACACGAACUCCCACGGAUGGAAUUGGAAACUCCGACACAUCGCUCUUCUGACGAUGACAACACCACUGUCGUCAACACCAAUGACAGGCCUGAAGGCUCGGUAGAUGGGAGAGCCCUCCGAGAGCGUCUAGAAGUCGAAACAAAUCACCAAGGACACGCCAGAUUCGAUGAUGCAAGGCCAUCACCUUCUCAGACGAGAGAAGAGGCCCACAGGCUGGAUGAUGAGCUUGCCAUGCAACGAGCUGAGCAGUUGACAUCUCUUGAGUCGAGACAAGAAGAAGGCCGGAGCUCAAUGGCUCUUCAUCGUUCUAGAUCGCGGGCGCCGGAACCUCUUGACGAGUUCGACACCGCUACGAAUCCAAUUCACGAACGAACUGCUGUCUACAAGCCUCCAGAAAAUCCUAGCACAAAAGUUGCCAGAUUUUUCAAAGCCGUCCACCAAUCCAGUUUCCUCAUUCGCUACUUUACCUACAUUGCGCCCGUCGCCUUCUUGCUUUCCAUUCCCAUUUUCAUCGGAGCCUUUCUACCAAAGGGUAAAAAUGCCAGCGUAGGUGGCGUCGAGCUGCUUUGGUUCGGUGUCUGGCUCGAAAUUGUAUGGCUGACGCUUUGGGCUGGUCGGGUUGCUGCACGGCUAAUCCCCUACCCACUCGGAUUGGUAUCCAGCUUGUUCACCAACAAUGCCAAAAAAUGGCGAGACUUGGCUAAGGCGUUGGAAAUCCCUGCCACGAUCUUCUUUUGGUGGCUUGGAAUUGAGGUCUCAUUCUUGCCCACCAUGAGAAAUCAUCUGGUCCGCGGCGCCGACCCUCACCCCGAGUGGCAAAAUGUUCUCAACAAGAUCAUCGUGUCCAUCUUUGUCGGAGCAAUCCUAAACUUCGUCGAGAAGAUUAUCAUCCAGCUCAUCGCCAUCUCCUUCCAUCUGCGAACUUAUGCGGAUCGCAUCGAGCUCAACAAAUUCCAGAUCGGCAGCCUGACCAAGCUGUACAUAUUUUCCAGAGAAAAGAUCGCCAUGGAAGACGCUGAGUUUGUGGAAAAGCCGUCUGGGACGCAGUCUGGAACUCGCACUCCCGCAAUGUACGCUGCCCAGGCUCAACAUGCUGUGACAAAGGCGUUUGCGAAAGUGGGAGAUGUUGCUGGUCAAGUGGCGGGCGACUUUACCGGAAAGAAGAUCGCCAAAAGCGACCACCCUUCGCAGGUUGUCUUGACUCUGCUCCACACGACUAGCGGCUCUCAGGUACUGGCUCGCCGUCUCUACCGGACAUUCGUCCGGGACGGCUGCGACUUUGUGUCGUCUGAUGAUCUCAGGGCGGCUUUCGAGUCCGAAGAGGAAGCUGACGCAGCAUUCUGCAUGUUCGAUAAAGACAUGAACGGCGACAUAUCCAUGGAAGAGCUUGAAGCCGUUUGCGUUGAAAUCGGAAGGGAGAGGAAGUCCAUUACCAAUUCACUAAAGGACUUAGACUCGGUCGUCAGUAGGUUGGACGAUGUGCUCCUCUUCAUCGUGUUCAUCAUUACAGUCCUCGUCUUCAUCUCCCUCAUUUCGACUGCAGCCGCUGGGGUUCUGACGUCGGCGGGAUCUCUUGUUCUUGGCCUGUCAUGGCUCUUUUCCUCCACCGCGCAGGAAUUUCUUCAAUCCUGUGUCUUCGUCUUUAUCAAGCAUCCUUUCGACGUUGGAGAUCGGGUGGCCAUCUACGGCAACACCGGGUCCUCACUCAAAGGCGACGACUACUUUGUCAAAAAGAUAUCUCUUUUAUAUACCGAGUUCAAAAAGAUGGAAGGCCAUGUGGUGCAGGCACCUAAUUCCUAUCUCAACACUCUCUUCAUCCUCAAUCAACGUCGCUCCGGAAGUCUCGCGGAAGCCGUCCCAAUUGUCAUCAAAUUCGGUACGACAAUCGAACAGAUCGAGGCAUUGCGGAACUCACUCAUGGAGUUUGUGAAGGCUGAAAAGCGCGAAUACCAGGCUAAUAUCCUGACGGAACUGCGCGAGGUCGCCGAAGUGUACUCUCUAACUCUCAACGUCGUCUUCUUCUACAAAUCGAACUGGCAAAAUGAGCUGCUUCGUUUACAACGGCGGAACAAGUUCAUAUGUGCUCUGAUGGUGUCAAUGCAAGAACUCGGCAUUGAAGGACCUCGUCGCAACCAAGCCGGUUGGUCACAAAAUGGGCCUUUCUACAUGGAAUCACCUGCUGGCGGCGGAAAUGCGUUCGCCAAUAAUCAGCAACAUCCCAACAAUCCCGACGAUGGCGGUGCUGCUGAAGGUGUUCCAAUGCAAAAUAUCACUACGGCUCCGAUCCACGAAGCACCAAUCACUGCCCCCCCUCUCAACCAUCCGUCGAUUUUGCGUCGGCGCCCAAGUACCGGCCAGCUUGGACGCCCCAGAGGCGAAUCACUCUCCGCUAUGUCGAGAAGAGUGGACUUCUCUCUCGGAAUGAAGGAUGUGUCCUCCGGGGAACAGUUAUCUGAUGUCUACGAGGACAGCGAGCGUCCUCGGUUCGAAGAGGUCAUUCGUGAGACAAAUCGGAUCGAGGAAGAGCGGAGACUGUCGUCGUCGCGCGAACGGUCAACGGCGAGGAGGAGCUCAAGAGAACAAGGCCCAGCCACGAUGAGCGGCAUACUCCGAAGAUCAACCACGCAGGACAUGGGAGGAGGUCGACGAUCUUCAGUCAGUCAACGACCUCACCGAGCUUCUAUCAGCAGCCAGGAGACUCACCGCAACCGUUUCAUGAGCCGCCUCGGCCGCACCGAUCGAAGCAUCGAUUUGGAGUCCAAUAGAUCUCCCGAACCGUUCCCUCCCAUGCGGUAG